AUGAGAGAGAGAGAGAGUGAGAGAGGGCGAUCCAGAGAGAGAGGAGGGAGGAGGGAGGAGGAUCAAGGGUGGCAGGAGGUGAGGGGGAGAAGGAAGGGAAGAAGAAGAUCUCUAAACUCACGUCCAGAUAUUGCAACAGUAUCAAGAAGGGAUCGUGGUGAUAUUGAUCAAUACACAACGUAUUUUUUUUCAGAGUUCCCUGAUAGCUUCGACGCAAAGGCAAUGUUGAACAUAUUCCAAUUCUAUGGGAAUAUUUUCGAAGUGGUGAUUCCAGCGAAACGAGAUAAAGGAGGGAGAAGAUUCGGAUUUGCACGCUUCGAUCAAGUCAAGGAUGUUAGGAGGUUUGGUAUUGAACUUGACAAUAUCAUCAUUGGGAGAGACAAGAUCUAUGUGAAUCCUCCAAGGUUCCAAAGAGAUACAAGGACUAGGAGACCUCACAAGCAAGAAGAAGAUGGCUCAAAGAUGGAAAAUCAGCAUCGAUCCAAUGAUGAAGGCUCACAUCAGAAAAACUGUGCUGGACCUUCCUUUGCUCAAGUGGCGCAGUCCAACGGUGAACAAAAACAAAAAAUAAUUAUUUCUUUCGAGCCAGAGAGGGAGGUUAUUCGUAUGUUGAGUAGCGCUUUUGUUGGAGUCGUACCACAUCCUGGCUUGUCUUACAACAUUCAAGAGGAAUUUCAUCGGCAAGGCUACUUUGGGGUGAAAAUUACUCCUUUAGGGGCUAAUUUAGUUUUGCUAGAAGAUCAGGAGGAAGGAGAGGUUAAAGCCUUAAUGGAAGAUGCUAGGGGGUGGUUAGAACAGUGGUUUAAGGAGAUUCGUCCAUGGAGUCCGAGAGAGGUUGACAAUGAGAGACUGGUGUGGCUGAGAGUGUAUGGAGUCCCUAUUCAUGCAUGGAACGAUAAAUUCUUUUCUCUGAUAGCCAAACAGUAUGGGAUUUUUCUUAAUGCCGAUGAUACAACAUCGAAGAAGUUAUCUAUGGAUGUGGCAAGAAUUUUGAUUCGAACUCCGGGACUAAAGGCAAUCGAUGAUUUUAUUUCCGUUAAAGUUGAUGAUGAACUUUUUCAAAUUAGAUUAAUCGAAGAUUCUCAUGGUCCAAUGCGAAUUGCAGUACCUUUGAAAGGUUCGAAGGAAGGACGGGAUGAUGAUAGUAGCAGCUCAGAGGACGAAGAAGGAGAUUUUCCGGUGAUGGAGGUGGAGGAGGAGGUGGUGGAGAGAGAAGGAGACGUUGAGGGUCAACAAUUAUUAGCAUUAACUAAUUUUAUUAAUGAUAAUAAUUCUCUCCCUAACGGUUUUGGAAUUGUUUCACCAGGGAGUAAUGGGAGGGAGGGUAUUAAGGAACAAUCAAACAACUUUAUUGAGGAAGAGAAUUUGAAUAAUUCAAAUUCAAAGGUGGGGGAGAGUUUGGGGGAGGAUGUAAAUGCCUUAGGUGUCGUUGAUUGUAAUGUUAUUAGUGAAUUGGGUCACUCCAAAAGCCCAAAUCACUCAAUUUGUUAUUGCAAUCUUAUUAAUAUGAAUGCAGGGGGUGGGAAUAGCAGGAGUGUAGAAAAGGCUGAGUUGGGCCAGAAGCCCAAUGCAAUUUCUUCUAAAAGGGACAAUAAAGGAGGGUCAAAGGUCUGUGAGGUCAAUUUGUGUAGCAAGCCCAAAUCUCUUAUUACUUCAAAGAGCAUCAAGGGAGGAAAAGAGCAUCAUGCAGGAGGUGGAAUUAGAAGUGGUAAUCAGAAAGCUGUAGCAGGUUCUAUAGCUGGGUCCAUUCCUAUCUCAAUUAAAAACAACACUGCUUCAACUAUUGUUCUAACAGAUAGCCGCCGCAGCAAUUGUGAUCAUAUUAUCCCAAUCAAGCACAAUCAAAAAGCUUGCGGGCCAGCAAUUCUUCCACCUCGCGUGACCGGCGGUCCUUCGACCAUUACCAAGCGGCGUUCAUCAACACCGUCGCAAUCCAUCUCUGAAUCUUCAUCGAACUCUUCUAUGGUGAGGGAGGGUGUUUCGAGAAAUCCUGUAGGCAAGUAUAAGGUGAGGAAGGCAACGGAAAAUUCUGUGUCUUCGGCAGGUUCCAUUCUGUGUUGUAGUUCUUUGAAUUCGUCUGAUAUAAGGAAUUGUAACAAGAAUUUUUGGAAUAAACAUGAUAUUGAAGUGAAUGGUAAAUUAUGGGAGGAUGUUCAGGAGCUGGGUAUUCAAGGUGAAGAAGAAGAUGCAGUUUAUGUGGAACGGCUGAGGAUUAAUGAACUUAAAGAUAAGGAAGCCAGUAGGUUGAGGGAGCAAAUCAAUCAAGCUCAGUCAUGA